UGCCCCCUCACACGGGCACCUUGGAGCCGGCACGGCUACCCUAGGCGGAGGUUUAUAUUGUUUGGUUACGUGGAGCUCGUUCGUCCUCCCUGCUCGGGAGGCGAGACGGUUUUGCGCCCAGACACCUUUGCUUCCUACGGAAGAUCUUCGGAGCUUCCCUAUACGUUUGGGUGGCUGGUAUUAGGUAUUGCCAUGGUGCGGUUUUAUAUACAGAAAGGAACACAUAGAGGCUUAUUCAGAAGCGUUCAAAAGACGCUUAAAUUUUUCCAGACAUUUGCUUUGCUUGAGGUAAUCCACUGUGCAGUUGGAAUAGUUCGCACAUCUGUGCUUGUGACUGGGGUCCAAGUGAGUUCAAGAAUCUUCAUGGUGUGGUUCAUUGCACAUAGUAUAAAACAGAUCCAGAAUGAGGAGAGCGUUAUUCUUUUUCUGGUCGUAUGGACUGUGACAGAGAUUACUCGAUAUUCCUUCUACACAUUCAACCUGCUCAACCAUUUGCCAUACUUCAUUAAAUGGGCCAGGUACAACUUUUUUAUCAUUUUGUAUCCUGCUGGAGUUGCAGGUGAACUGCUAACCAUAUAUGCUGCUUUACCCUAUGUGAAGAAAACAGGAAUGUUUUCACUGAGACUCCCCAACAAAUACAAUGUCUCCUUUGACUACUAUUACUUCCUUAUUAUUGUCAUGUUCUCCUAUGUGCCAUUAUUUCCACAACUCUACUUCCACAUGCUGCGGCAGAGAAGAAGGGUGCUUCAUGGAGAAGUGAUUGUGGAAAAGGACGAUUGAAUCAAGCUGUGUAACCAUGGUGCUUUUAGUGGAAAGGAAAAGGAGGGUAAAAAUCCAAAACUUCCUCUGAUUUUUCUGAGUCCAAGUUUUAAAACAUGGAACAAGAAUAAACAACUGUGCCUAAAA